AUGAGCGGCGUCGCCACGGAGCUGCGCACGGUGCUCUUCACCCCGGUCGCGCAGGCGUCGGGUCGACGGGUGGCGUUGGAAGUUUUUAAUCACGUGCUGGGAUUAGAUCUGAGCUUUCAUCUCGAGCGGCGCACCGGGGCGCUGCAGAGAAUCAUCGAUCGAGGGACGCGCUCGGUGAGCAUGGUGUUUCGCGCGGUGGUGUUCACGUUCCUUCCGACGGCGAUCGAGCUCGCUUUGGUGUGCGGUUUGCUCUGGCACGCUUUUUCGUGGCACUUCGUCGUCGUCGUCCUCACGACGUUCGUGUUGUACGUGUGGUGGACGAUGCACAUGACGGGCGUGAGCGCUGAGAAGCGCAAGUUGGCCAACCACAUGGACGGGUUAUCGACGGGCAAGGCGGUGGACGCGCUGUUGAACUACGAGACGGUGACAUUUUUUGGGAACAUCGAGCUCGAGAGCGCGCAGUACGAUAAUCUCUUGCGAGGCUAUCACGAAGCCGCGCUCCAGAGCGAGCGGGCCUCGAGCUUACUGAACGCCGGACAGGCGGUCAUCCUGGCGUGCGGAAUGACAACCAUCCUCGCCUUUGCGGCUCUGGGGAUUUGGAAGCCCGAUCCAGCGAUCGGAUUGGCUUCACGCGUGGGCGAUUUAGUCAUGGCGAACGGGCUCUUGCUUCAACUCUGGGCACCGCUGCAGUUUCUGGGUUUCUUCUACAGAGAGUUGCGACAGUCCUUGGUGGACAUGGAGGCGAUGUUCGACAUCAUGUCCACCGAGUCAAAGAUCCCCGACGGCGCGGUCGAGUUACCCGAGAGCGCGGGCGGCGCCGAGCUCGAGCUCGAUGACGUCUCGUUCGCCUACGGCAAUGGUCGCGACGUCCUCAAGGGAGUGUCGUUGAAGCUCAAGCCCGGAGAAUCCGUGGGUAUCGUCGGCCCGAGCGGCUCGGGCAAGAGCACGUUACUCCGUCUUAUACUUCGAGUGUACGACGUCACGAGCGGCAAGGUGAAACUUGACGGACACGACGUGCGUGAGCUUACGCUGUCGUCUCUUCGAGACUCAGUCGCGGUGAUUCCACAGGACACGGUGUUGUUCAACGACACGCUCGAGCACAACAUUCGCUACGGCAGACCGACGGCGAGCGAAGAACAAGUCGCCAUGGCGGCCACGCGCGCUAGAUUAGAUAAGACGAUCGAGCAGAUGCCCAACGGUAGGCAAACGAUGGUGGGCGAGCGUGGGGUUAAGCUCAGCGGCGGCGAGAAGCAACGUGUUGCCAUCGCGAGAGCGUUCCUGCGAGAGCCGCGCAUGCUCGUAGCCGACGAGGCGACGAGCGCGCUGGACACCGCCACCGAGCAGGGUAUCUUGGAAAGUCUCGAGGAUGUCGCGCGCGGUCGAACCGCCGUUUUCGUCGCUCACAGGCUCUCCACCGUCCGAUCGUGCGAUCGAAUCAUCGUCAUGGAGCAAGGGAAAAUCGUAGAGGAAGGGACGCACGCCGAGCUCCUCGACGGCCGCUCGCGCGGCUCAAAGAUCGGCAUGUACGCCGCCAUGUGGAAGGCGCAGGCUCAAGAGGAGGAAGAAAAUAAUCAAAAGCCCGACGAUUUAGUCCUCACCGUCGGCUGA